GUUCAUCUCAGCUCUGCAUCCAUCUACCAUGUCGUGCUCUCUCCGUACAUCAUCUUGCCAAGGUCCCAAGACCAUGACCUCAAAAUCCAUCGUCACCCCGAUUCGCUGUGGUACAGUAACUGCUUGUGCACCCAAGGCCUAUAGUAUAACUGGCUGUGGUUUUGGAGGAGGCUCCCGCAUCUCUUCCUCAUCUUACCGCCGGGUUGGUUGCUACCCAGAUUUGCUUUGCAAAGUUAGUGGAGGAUAUGGCAGACUGAACAGCGUACUCACAGCUAGGAGCUGUGACUACACCCAGCUGAAUGAGAAGACCACCAUGCAGAACCUGAAUGAUCGUCUGGCAUCCUACAUCGAUAAGGUACGCUGCCUAGAGGCUGCCAAUGCCACUCUGGAGCAGCAGAUUAGGGAGUACUAUGAGAAGAAGGGGCCGAUCUGCCAGAGGGACUACAGCUGCUACUGGAACACCAUCAACUGCUUGAAGGAACAGAUUGCAGCUGCAAAUGUCAACAAUGCCAACAUCCUCCUGCAGAUCGACAACUCUAAACUGGCUGCUGAUGACUUCAGGAUAAAAUAUGAGCAUGAGAUAGCAGUGCGGCAGUGUGUUGAGGCUGACAUCGCCAACCUGCGCCGACUGCUGGAUCAAGCAACCCUGAGCAAGGCUGAACUAGAGAACCAGAUCGAGACUCUGCUAGGAGAUCUAGCAUGUUUGAAGAAGAACCACCAGGAGGAUGUGGCUGCUCUAAUGUGUCAGUUGACGAACUCAAAAGUGUGUGUGGAAGUGGACGCCGCUCCUCAGCAAGACCUGAAUAAGAUUUUGGAUGACAUUCGUUGUCAUUAUGAGAACAUCAUAGACAAACACCGCAGAGAACAGGAGUGCUGGUUCAAAGAGAAGACGGCACAAUUGUGCAAAGAUGUGGCCGGUGACACAGAGUGCCUAGAAACCUCGAGGUCACAGAUCUCAGAUUUGCGAAGGACCUUGCAGUGCCUUGAAAUCGAACUACAGUCUCAACUCAGCAUGAAAUGUGCACUGGAGGCUUCGCUGCGGGAAACAGAGGCACGUUACAACACUAUGCUAGCAGGCUAUCAGAAACACAUCAACUCAUAUGAGGCAGAGCUCUGUCAGGUUCGCGCUGGCAUUGAGCAGCAGGGCAGAGAUUAUGAUGCCCUGCUGGACAUCAAGAGCCGUCUGGAACAGGAGAUCGCCACCUACAGGUGCCUCCUGGAAAACCAGCCCAUUAAGUAA